AUGGAGACCGCCUUGGAGCUCUUCAAGUUCACCAUCGGCAUGGGCGAGCUGGCCUUCCAGGAGCGGCUGCGCUUCCGCGGGGCCGUGCUGCUGCUGCUACUGGCCUACGUGCUGCUCACCUACAUCCUGCUGCUCAACAUGCUCAUCGCCCUCAUGAACGAGACCGUCAGCAGCGUCACCACCGACAGCUGGAGCACCUGGAAGCUGCAGAAAGCCAUCUCGGUCCUGGAGAUGGAGCACGGCUACUGGUGGUGCAAGAGGAAGAAGCGGCCAACAGGGGUGAAGCUCAGGGUUGGCACCAGGCCAGACGGUAGCCCGGAUGAGCGGUGGUGCUUCAGGUCGGAGGAGGUGAACUGGGCUGCCUGGGAGCAGACGCUGCCCACGGUGCGCGAGGAGCCUGCAGCGCCUGGCGACCCUGGCCCCGGGGAGAGCCCCGCCCUGGCCGCCCGCCCCGGGAAGGGCAGUGCCCAUGAGGAAGACCACCUGCCUCUGCAGCCCCUGACAGCCCGCUGA